AUGAUUCUGCCCUUCGUGGGAAGAAUCUUCCUUUUCGUGAGAUCGACCGCGAUUCUCCUGGAUGCCGACCGCCAAGAGAAACGCGACUGCGACCCGACAGGAAGCAGUGUGGCAUUUGCCAUGGUAGUGGCUCGCCUUGGCGACCGCGGCAGGAUGAUUUGGCGGCGCUCCAUUUACGAAUCAGAAGGAAACUCCGGGAUGGUGUUUGAUGGGAUGUUGCAGGAGAUGCUGGUGUUGUUUCUCGGCGUCUACUUUGGACGCCGGAAGACGUGCCCUCGGGCACAAGAGGUGCAUGAGGGCAGAUGCCUGCCCGCCGGUACAAAAGGUGCCCAAGGGAAGACGCUUGCCCGACGGCACAGGGGGUGCCCGUGGGCGGGAGGUUGCCUGACAGCCGCCAGAGAAGAUGGAGCCACCACAAGGAUAACUACAGGAGCUGGUGGUGCCGACACGGUGUACGCACUUUUUCAAGGAUCUUCGAAGAAAGUCUCAGGCGGCGAGAACGCGCACACAAUCAAGGUGUGCAAAUUUCAGACGAUGGCACGUGUUCCAUGCACAGAAGCGGUAGUCAACUACGGUGACGCCGGGAGUGCGGUGCUGGGUCUGGACGCAGCAGGGAGUCAGUUGGUUUUCCUCGGGAUGCUUCUGGCGAGGGCAGGCAAUGUUGUCCUGUUCGUCCCGCAGGCAGAACUAUUUGCGCAGAUGGAGAAGAAGACGGGUGUUUCUUGGCAAAUCGCGACGUAA